CAAUCUGAUACUGUCCACAUUUCAUUGCCUUUCUCUGACUUCUGGAUCCACUGGCAUUGAUCCGUGGUCACUCCGGGUUCCGUCUGGUACUGGUUGUAUUGUUUCUACUAUAUCCCUCAGCAUUCUCAGCCGGUGCGCAAUUGUCGCACGCCCAUCAUUCGGGCCAGACUUGAGCGAGUCAGGCUACUCGUCAAGGCGUACUUCACAUUCUCCCUCCCGGAUGCCGUUCCAUUAAUCGAUUGAUCCACUCACAUACCUCUCGCCACUCCUUCUAUGCUGGCCUAGACUCGCCAUGCCUGCCCGUCCGAAGAGGCUCUCGGCCUCGUCCGAUUCAUCAUCACCAUAUUCGAUCGACGAGCGCGAUGUCGUGAUAGACGUUGAGAAGCAGCCGUCGCGGCCGAGACGCCAUUACCGCCAUCACAGCCACAGCUCGUAUGACACAGAUAGUGACGAUGAUUCCGUCAGCUCUUCUUCGGUGGCUUCUUAUCGCCCCAUGUUGAAUAGAGCCCCUCCGCGCCCCCGCAGCAGAGUGGGCUAUCGAGUUCCUCAUCGGAUAAUGAAAUGGCUCUGUUUUGCGCUGCUCUCGUUCUUGAUUCUGUUCAUAUGUGCCCUGUUCCGGUUCACUUUCCUUUCAACUGUCACUCGUGUCAACGUUCAGUUGCCUAGACCCGCCCCGAGGCCAGCACCAUGGGAGAACUUCCCGUUCCUGAAACGGUAUCAUGGUGGUAUCCGAUCUUUGGUGUCGCGAAGUGAGGGAGUGCCAGAGUAUCCCAACGACAAUCCGGAAGCUAUCGGUCUUGACAAGGAGAAUGCAAAUGAUACUGUUAUACAAGCCCGGGACCAGGCGCUGCCAUUCUCGAGCUCCGUGUUCAACCCGUAUCCCGAGUACUCAUCUAUGGAAUACAUCGCAAAGUACGGUGAGAAGCGCGAGUGCUUCCUCGACGAAGAUGAGACUCUACGGGUACCCUUGGUGCAUCAUUAUCCCGGUGUACCCCGUGGCUUCCCUGAUGCGGUCAUGGGCUCCAACGAGAUGAUCGGCAUUCGAGAUGACGUCUGCUUUGACCGGUUCGGGCGUUUGGGACCUUAUGGUCUCGGCUACAGUGUGCGAAAGGGUGGUAUCGGUGCUGGCCUCGAAGGCGACCGUGAAGGUGCGGAGCGUGUCUGGGACGACUAUCCGCCUGUCGACUUCCGUCGCGUCGACUGGGCAGCUGCGCAGAAUCGAUGCUUGGCCUCAAACAGCCAUCGCUUCAGGGAUCUUCCUGCGCCGCGACCCAGCCGCUUCCUCUCUAUGUCUGUUGGUACGCCGGAAGUUGCAGACGAGAAGCCCCAGGACAAGCCGCAGCCUGAUUCUGGAAAGGACUAUCUACCCCGAACGGCAUUCGUGAUCCGUACGUGGCACGACAUCCACUAUUCCCCUGACGAUAUUCUGUACCUGCGCUCCCUCAUCGCAGAGCUUUCGUUACUCUCCGGCGGCGAGUACAUCAUCCAUUUCCUGGUCCAGGUCCGGGACGAAACCCUGCAGAUUUGGGCCGACGACGAAGUAUACGAGCGCGUGCUCAACGAGGCUCUGCCAGAGGAGUUCCGUGGCAUGGCCACGCUCUGGUCUGAGCGGCAGAUGAAUCUCAUGUAUCCCGGCCUGGAGGAGACGUGGGCUCGCGGGCUAUCCGUCCACGGCGUCUACCGCAGCACCUACAUGCCCAUGCAAUACUUUGCGCACCAGCAUCCCGGAUACGACUACUACUGGAACUGGGAGAUGGACGCCCGGUACACAGGCCACUGGUACCACCUCUUCGACAAGGUCAUUAACUGGGCACGGGCACAGCCACGAAAGGGCUUAUGGGAGCGCAACGCUCGGUUCUACGUGCCCUCCGUCCACGGCACCUGGGAGGACUUCCGACAAAUGGUCCGAGUGCAAACCGAAAUCGGCACCAACAGCCCAAACAACCUCUGGAGUGCCUCCAGACCCGGCCAAGACCGCACUCCCGGCGAGGUAAAAGCCCUACAACAACAAGGCGACAAGCCCAUCUGGGGCCCCGAGCGACCCAAUGAGCAAGACAUCCUAGAAGUCGACGGCGAAGGCAUCCCACCCACCACCAUGGAAAAAGAUCGAUACGAAUGGGGCGUGGGCGAAGAAGCCGACCUAAUCGUCUUCAACCCACUCUUCGACCCCGAAGGCACAACCUGGCCCCUGCGAGACGACGUCACCGGAUACGACCGAGAGACCGGACUCCCUCCACGUCGCACCUCCAUCAUUACCGCAUCCCGCAUGUCCCACAAGCUCCUGCAGGCCAUGCACAAGGAAACCACCCUCAAACGCCACACCAUGUUCUCCGAAAUGUGGCCCGCCUCCACCGCCCUCCAGCACGGAUUCAAAGCCGUCUACGUGCCCCAUUCCAUGUACAUCGACCGUCGCUGGCCCACCCAAUACCUCGAAACGGUCUUCAACGCGGGCCGCAACGGCGCGUCCGGCGGCGCCCGGACUUCCGUCUUCGGCGACAGGGAACACAACUUCCGCGGAACCACGUGGUUCUACUCAGCUGGCUUCGCGCCCAACCUGUGGAGACGCUGGCUAGGCUACAAGGUCGACAAUGACGGUGGUGAACAAGCCGAACUCGCCGGUGAAGGUCGCAUGUGUUUGCCUCCGAUGUUGCUGCAUCCUAUUAAGGACGUGGAAAUGAUUAUUGAUGAUGGAGAACGUGCAAGAGAUUAGCCCUCGAGCUUUUACUUUUCUUUGUUUGAUUUGGCGUGAUGGUGGAUGAUUCAAGACUUACUUACGGUUGUUAUACAUGCAUACUUACUUACAUACACGCACUUACCUGUUGGGAUGAUUCGACUGAUGACUAUGAUUAUGGCUAUGAUUACGUGGCGAAUGGCGUUUGGAAAAGAGUUCAGUGGAUAUUGAAGAUUAAUGUAUCUGUAUUUGUAUGUUUAUUUGUAUAUCAAUUUUAUGCAUGUAUGCACAUCCGUGU